AAACCCUAGUAACGCCAUUAGAGAGGGUUUAGUUGAAAGUGUUCCGUUUCUGUUUGCCAAGAUUUGUUUGGUGGAGCCCUAAAAAGCUUUGGAGCAGACUCUUCUUCAAUGGAGGCGCUAGCGGGAAUUGAAGCAGACAUCGAAUCGUAUUUCGGCGAGCAGGAUCAACAGAAAUCGUCAUCGGACGGCUGCAAACAGGUCCCGUGGCUGAGUUGGGAAGAGUGGGACUCAGUGAGAGAGUCUCUCUUCUCUUCUUCUCCUGAUAGAAUCGCUUCUGCUUUGGAAAGGGUUACAACAUGGCGAAGCAGAGGAUCUCUUCCAGCGCCUGUGGAUGUUACUUGUUCCCUCAUUGAGAUUCAACUCAAAGAUGGCUUUAUUCCGAGAGAGACACAAUCAGCAGAUGCAUUGUAUUCAGAGCAUUUACUACAGAUGCUAUACUGUAUGGGAAUACUCAGGCUUGUGAACUGUGUCAUAGAAAAGACAAGGAGGAGAGAAGAUGUUUCAAUUGCUGAUGCAGCUAGAGCAAUUGGUAUCCCACGUAAAUUAAUCGAUAUUCGUCAUGAGGGCUCUCACCGUGAGCUCCCUGCACUCUCGGUGCUUCGGGAUGCUGCAGAUGAGGCACUGGAAUGGUUAAAAUCAUAUUAUUGGGAGCCUCAGAAGUACCAGAUUCCCUUAAAGAGAGAUGGAACAGCUAGCAUCAGAAGAGAAGUCAAAUCCAAACUCAGGAAACUUGCUUUGUCCUUGCAGCUUAAAAAGAGUCCUCAAUUUGACUCCCCUUUGGUCAAAGAAAAAUGUUCUAAUAAAAGGAUAAGGAAGAUAGUAAGCAGCCUUGUUGAGUUAUACCCUUCUUUCUCCGCAGAAAUUUCAUCUGUGCUCCUUGAAUUCUUACUCAAAGCCUUGGAUUCUUCCAAAUCGACAGAAUUUCAGAAUCAGCCUGGCCAAGAUUUCAGGGUCUUUCUAGAUGAAUGGAAACCUGUAAUCAUGGAGUUCUCAAAUAGAGAACCUGAGUUACUUUUGACUCUACUCAAGGCAGUCCUUGAUAUGAUCCAAAAUAAUGAACGGAGAAGAUAUGAAACCGAAAAGUCAGUGGAAGAGGUUUCUCAAGUUGAGCAGGUCCCUUUCUUGUUUGCAUGGCUUGUGAGUCUUCUCAAUGGGUCAAAGCAUUUCCAGAGAAACAGUUCUUUAGAAGUGAAACCUCCAAGCACUUUCCUUAUGGAACUUAUUCGUAGAUGUCUUCUCUUGGGAGCCUUAGGAUACAAACUGGUAUUUAAAUCAGCAUUUCUACUCGCAGAGAUUGUGGGAGGCCGUGUCUUAAAGGAGAAGCUCAGUAAACUCCCUCUCAUGCAUGAAAGCUCUGCAAGUGUUCUAUUGGAACAGAGUUCUACGCUUGUAACAGCCCCUACAACGCUCCUUGAGCGAGAGAAGAAUCUCGAUAAUGCAGGCAAGCGACUUGAGUUUGUCAAACUUCAACUCUCAAAGAAGAAAGGUAUUGACACAGACAAAACCACUAACAGAUGGAGAAAGGCGAAAACAUGGAGCCCUUGUCCGAUUGGUAUGUUGCCUCGGAUCAUUGGAUCUUCUGGACGUUUACCUCUUCUGGACUGUCAGAACGCUCAGAGCAUCUCAAAACAAGCACAAGGUAACAACAAUGCUAAGAGAGGAGCUGAGUGCAAUAGGCAGCAAUUGGAGAACUCGCCAUUUAAGCGAGCAAAGACGGGUGCAGAAGAUUCUGAAUCAAAUGAUGUGACCCCAUUAGAAACAUAUAUGGAAGAGGCUGAGAUGGAUAUUGAACAUGCAUAUGACAACACUGAAACUGAAGCUGACGAGAAUCUGAUGUGGAAUGAUGAAGAGGAAAGCAGAAGCUGCCUUAUGAUAGAUGGUGAAUGGAAAAGAGUAAAUGAUGGAGUGCUAGUGGGGAUGGCUUCCAGCGUUACAGUUUGUGUUUGAGAUCUCUGCAAAUGUUACAAUUAAAGCGACAUCUUUUUGAGAAAAUAGUUCUGAUAUUUGAUCAUUUUUUUUUUAAGGUAGAGCAUGUGACACAACGUCAAUAGUGCCAUACAGAUAUUGAAACACUUAAGUAACAAAUUAAGGAACAAUUUAUUAUACAUGAAUAUUGAAUAGUGAACAUUGUCGGUAGUAGUAUUGCUUUUAUAGACAGAGAAGAGAUGGGAGAAAACACCCCUAAGACCAAAAUGUUACAAAUCUGACACCAAAUCAAUUACGAUACUAAUUCAAUUCUUCUUCUU